GUGUGACGAAAAACUCCAGCAAAGAGGCAGGCACCGUUGUUCUCCAUCACAUUACGUUUGUGUUUGGUUCUCUUUCUCUUCUCUUUAUCUGAACGAAGGAGAGAGUGAAAGAUCCUUUUGUGGAUCGAACAUCUUGCGUUUUAUUGUGGUGUUGAGGAUCGAAAAUGGAUCAGAUAUUCAACAAGGUCGGAUCCUAUUGGUUCAACCAGAAAGCCUCCAGCCAGCUCAAUUCCGUUGGUGAUGACAUCAAUUCGAUGACAAACAGUAUUGAAGGGGGAACCAAAUGGUUGGUCAACAAAAUAAAAGGAAAGAUGCAAAAGGCAUUGCCAGAGUUGCUAAAGGAGUACGAUCUACCAAUAGGAAUCUUUCCUCGUGAUGCAACAAACUAUGAAUUCAAUGAAGAAACAGGAAAGCUUGUUGUUUACAUUCCUCAAGUAUGUGAAGUUGGCUACAAGGAUUCAUCAGUCUUGCGUUUCUUCACCACCGUGACUGGUUAUCUGGAGAAAGGAAAGUUAGCAGACAUAGAAGGAAUGAAGACAAAAGUAUUGAUCUGGGUGAAAGUAACAACCAUUUUGUCAGAGGGAUCGAAGCUCUAUGUGACAGCUGGCAUGAAGAAAACAAGGAGUAGGGAAGCGUACGAGGUUACAAGAGAUGGUGUAUGCAUAGAUAAGUUCUAAAACCAUCAAUGUUUGUUAAUAGUUUUAUAAUCUGUAAAACCCAUCUGUUAUUUUGACCUCCCUGUGCAUGAUUGUUAAUUGUAAGUAGUGUUCCAAUAUGUACUUCAAAUAUUGUCCUUGGAUUCGAAUCUUGCAAUUUGGUGAAAGUAAAAUGUCCUUAUGGUCAUGCUGUGUUUGGAUUAUAA